AUGAACACGAACCGAACUCCAAGCUUGCUCCUCAUUGCAGCAAUGUCUGCCUUGAGCCCAGCGUAUGCCUUUGCGUUUACGACAUCUUUCUCUCACUCUGCUCACGCCAGUGCGACCGCCCUUCAUUUGAAAUCCGGUCAAGGAAAUCAAUUGGUGGCUGCCUUCAAUGCUGCCGCUGUCAAGAAGGAUCAUGACGAUGAUUUUGUUGCCGCUGCCACGAAUGCUGUAUUGGAACAACAAAAGCAUGAGACCGCUCCUGCCAACCCAGAAGCUCGAAGCCUUGCAGCUCGUCUCUUUUCUUUAGAUUUCAACAACCAUGCCAAGGAUGAUGUUGUAUAUUAUCCAUUGGUUGGAUUCAAGAUGGUUCAUCAUGAAGGUCGUGUCAUUCCUCUGCCCACGAGCAGCACUGCCUGCUGUCAAAUUCCAACUCGGGAACAAGCAGAUCAAGAAGUCUACGGAUGGUUCAGUCCUGCUUGCCAUUUGGAUUUAUAUUCGGAAGAUAUCUGUCACGGGCCUACAGAAGAAGCGUCAUCAUAG